UCACGUCCGUGUAUGCGGAAACCCGAAGUAACAAACGCAGACCUGCAGAUGGAGGAAAACAUCCCAGUGACGCUGGAACAUGGAAACUCCGAGUUCCACCAGAAGAACUUCCCACAGGCAGAGCAGCUGUACUCUCAGUUCAUCACUUCCUGUUUGCUCUCCAGGAAAUGUGAUGCUGCCAGUUUGGCCAGAGCUUAUAACAACCGCGGUCAGAUAAAGUACCUCCGGGUGGAUUUCCAUGAAGCGGUGGAGGAUUACACUGCUGCUAUUCAGGCUGACGCUCACUAUGAAGUACCUUUCUACAACAGAGGACUGAUCCGAUACAGACUGGGUUUCUUCGACGACGCCGUGAGUGACUUCCAGCAGGCGUUGAAGCUCAACCCAGAGUUUGAAGAUGCCAAAGUGAGUCUGCAACAGACGCUUCUGGACCGGCAAGAGAAGACAAACAGAGGAUACUGACACUCUCAUAAACUACAGACAGCGUGUUUUAUAUGACCUGAAGUCUGGUGCUCAAAAUAAAAGAUACCGUCAUUGUUUUUA